CAAAAUAGCAAUAGCCCUAAUCUGGGCUUCUGCUUCUCCACUCCUCCCUCGUCUCUCACCGCCGUCCGCCAUCCGCCAUCUGUGCCUCAAGCUCUCCGGCUCCGGCCCCUCCGCCUCGGCAACACUUCACUUGGGUCAAGCGGCCGCUCCCUCACGCCCUCCGGCCUCUCUUUAUCUAUGCGGUGACCGGACCUCACCUCAGCCUGUCAUCCCUCUGCGCCUCUGCUUCAUUGAGUCACUGUAACUCCAAGCCUCAAAGCCUUUGUUCUGGCUGAAAGUGAAACUCUAAAAUGGAGAAAAUGACCAUCUAAUUUGUAUCUAUAUAUGUAUGACAUCAGUAUCUGUCGAAGAGCAUGGCAUUUUCAAUUUCUAGGAGGCUUUUGCGUUCGUUUUGUUCAUCUGAUUCCCCUGCCUGUUUGCUCCGUUCCCUCUCUGGAUCAACAGCUUCAAAUGUAACCUCUUCAAAACAUUUUUCUGUUGCUAAGAAUGAACCAAUUUUCCUUGCCUUACGAAGAAUUUCGACUUCAAUCCUGACUUCUGGUUCAGGUGAAAGUGAAUUUCCAUCAGAUUUAUUGACAAAGAAACGUGUUUUAACUCCUGAUCGAGAAAUAGGGCUCUAUCAGGACCUGGUUGUUCCAGUAACAAACUUUCAUAAUGAAGAUAAGGGCUUUAUGGUGUUGGCUGGUGAUGUUUUCGAUGUGCCAAUUAGGAAGGACAUUAUACAUCGUGUUGUUAGAUGGCAGCUUGCUAAACGCCAGCAGGGAACACAUUCAACUAAAACUAUUAGUGAGGUCAGUGGUACUGGGAGGAAGCCUUAUCGGCAGAAGGGUACAGGUCGAGCAAGGCAUGGGACACUCCGUGGCCCUCAGUUUCGUGGCGGUGCAAUAAUGCAUGGCCCAAAGCCCCGAAGUCAUGCUAUCAAGCUGAACAAGAAGGUUCGUCGACUGGGCUUGAAGAUUGCUUUGUCAGCUCGUGCAGCAGAGGGAAAGCUCAUGGUUUUUGAGGAUAUGGAACUACCUACACACAAGACCAAGAAUAUUGUAAGCUAUGCCCAGAAAAUGGAGAAUGCCAAAAAAGUUUUGCUUGUUGAUGGUGGCCCCAUCAACGAAAACCUCAAGUUGGCCACUCAAAAUAUACAUUAUGUCAACGUUCUGCCUUCUAUUGGUUUAAAUGUCUACAGUAUUCUGCUGCAUGACACGCUAGUCAUGUCACGUGAUGCCGUAAAUAGGAUAGUCGAGCGGAUGCACACUCCAAUCAAUCGCUAAUUGAGCUUCUCUAGGUUGGAAUGAGUGUAGAUUUUUUCUUUGUUUCUUGAAAAUAGAUGAUGAGACAGUAGAAUAUGCAUACUGCUAUCAUCGAUUGAAUUGCUUAGGUUUUUUGCACCGUUUUGGCAGCUGUGGUUGAGACCAGUUAUGAAUAUGCUGCAGCAGACAAACCCAAGUUAUUAUUCUGCAUUCAACUGUGUACGAAGAACCUUGUUCAACGGGCUUGUGGAAGAAAGAAAGAUAUGAUUAUGUGGGAAGAAUUGGAUUGAACUGUUUCAGUGGAUGCAUUUUAUUUCAUUGGUGAUCAUAAGCAGAAAUUGUGCCUUAUCUUGGGUUUGAACAUUGUAAAACGUUUCCAAAAACAACUUUUUCAGGUUUCAGGUUUAAGGUUUAAGGUUCUGUCUAGCAGAAAACUAAGAAAAGCAUAGCAGAGAAUUGAAGGGUUUUUGAUUUGAUUUAGGGAGAGGCGGAAAAAGGGCGUGUAGAAUGGAGUGAUCAUCCAAAUCUUCAUCGAAACUUCAUCUUGUUUGUGUGAGGUUCGACUAAUUUGAACUGAUGGAGCCAUAUGCAGCUUGUAUUUCAAUAUAUUUAUUAAUAAAAUAAAUUUUUAAUUUUCACAAAA